UAGAGAUAAGCAUUCACGGCUAGACCGUUGUAAACUUGUGCCGUGCAAUUAGUUGCCGCCAUCAUUGGACGCCAUUUUGGGUUUGAUCAUAGAACAAGGAGUUACUCAAUAAAUUCUUCGUUUUUGGUAGUGUUUGGCGGUGUGAUUCUCGCAAAUUAUAACAAUUAUAUAAAAGUCCGUGCUUGGAAGUAACAUCUUGACUGUGAGUGAUGAUGGUAGGUUUAAAUUGCUGAGCAAGUCAGCAACAUUCGGUGAUUGUAUAGGCCUGUACUUUUGGCCAAGUUGUGAUUGUGUGGUGAAGGUUUAUCGUCUGCGCAGAUAAUUUGAACUCGCUACUAGAACACCAGUUCGAGAAAUGGCCAAAGCGGGACUCGUCAUCUUCGCCCUUUGUCUCCUGGCCGCGUGUCUGUUCCUGGUCAUGCUGCCGUCUCUGAUCGUCACGGCUCGCCCCUACUCCACCUGGAUUUUCCAGCCUGUGGACUGCCGCUUCAGCGCGCAGAAUGAGGAGAACAGUCGGUUGGACUGUUUCCCGGAGCUCCAGAUGCCGACGGAGAGGGAGUGUCGGGCCAGGGGGUGUUGCUUCGUCGAUGUGACCAUCAAUCGGGAGCUGUUAGUGCCGGAGUGCUACCUCCCGAUCGGGGUUGGGUAUGAGGUCAUGGGGCAGCCGCAGUUGUUGACGUCAGGUUACAACCUCUAUCUUCAGCGGAUACACACCCCUCGGUUCUUCUAUCGUGAAGCCGAGAACCUGGUCGUGCACGUUGAUGAACAGGCGGAGAACAGACUGCACAUCAAGAUUAAUGAAUUUCGAUACGUGACCUACCAAGACUGGAAGUUUCCGGAGUUGGAGGAUCGCAUGUGGGUCCCUCGCUACGAGGUGCCCAUCGACGUGACCAGGCCGGCUCGUCAGGCCUCGUGGACCGAUUACAUCUUCAACUACACACGCAGUCCCUUCACUAUGCAGAUGACUAGACGCGCAUCAAGUCGCUUCAACAUGAUCGAUACCGCUUUAGGAGCCCUGAUCUUCGAGGACCAGUUCUUGCAGAUCACCUUCAAGCUCCCGAAUUCCGUCCUCUACGGCUUCGGAGAGCAGAACCGAGAGCGGCUGAGGCACAACAUGAACUGGAAGGAGUGGGGCAUGUUUGCUGCUCCGGCACACCCAGACGAUAAAAUAACCAAUGCGAAUAUGUAUGGCCACCAUCCGUUCUUCAUGAACAUUGAUGACGACGGAGAAGCAUUCGGCAUGUACUUCCACAACAGCAACGCCAUGGACGUGCAUCUGACACCGAUGCCCGCGGUGACUUGGCGAACAACCGGCGGAAUUCUCGAUUUCUACAUAUUCACCGGGCCAACACCGGAGCAAGUCAUUCAACAAUAUCAAGAGGUGAUUGGGCGGCCUGAAAUUCCGCCGUAUUGGGCGCUUGGGCUACAUCUUGGAAUUGAAUCCUUUGGGAACGCACAGGCGCUGGAAAAUUUUGUCAUGGAAAACGUAGAGGCACAGGUUCCAUUUGAUGUCAUUUUUAGUGGCAUGGACUAUCAAGAGUACUAUCUUUCCUUCACCCACGACGAGAAAAAAGUCCGCCGGAGUUUCCUCGACAACUAUCUGCACCCACGAAACUUGAAAUACGCCAUCCACUUGACUCCAGCUUUGAGUAAUCAGGUGCCGACGCCGAAGUUGAACUACUGGCCGUAUUACUACGCCGAUAAACACGGCCUCCUGGUCAAUCGCACGGACGGUUUCACGCCCGCGUUUGGCGUGAGCUGGCAUGGUGAGGCAUCGUACCUGGACUUUACACACGAGUUUGCCAAAGUUCACUGGGCUGCCUUUGCCGAAUUUCUGCACCAGCAGCUUCCCUUCGACGGAAUCAUCAUUACGGAAAACGAGCCGGCUAACUUCAUGAACGGUUCGCGAAUGGGCUGCGACUUGGAGAGCAAGUGGAACAGCCCACCUUAUACCCCUAAACUGAAGAGCGCUAUGUUGUACUACGAGACGCUCUGCAUGGACACCAAAAUGGCUAAAGGCAUUCACUACAACUUGCACAGUCUCUACGGCCACUUUUCCGCCGAGGCUUCUAAUUAUGCCGGUAGCUUGUUGUACAACGACAAGCGAGCCAUGACGCUGACCCGUAGCUCGUUCGCAGGUACCGGCAAGUAUGCCGGCCACUUCCUGGGCAAGAACAGGGCUUUGUGGGCUGACAUGUUCCGCUCAGUUAUAGAAAUUGACGAGUUCAACAUGUUUGGCAUUCCUUUCACGGGAGCUGAUAUCUGCGGCACGACAGGCGAGCCCGAGUCCGCUGAACUCUGCCAGCGAUGGAUGCAACUCGGCGCGUACCAGCCCCUGGCAAGAAUCUACAGAUCACUCAACACAUCAAGAGUAGACCCGGCCUCCUUUCGAACCAGCGACCCCACUGCCUUCAACAACAUGAGAGAGAUGGCUAGGAGGCGGUAUAGCAUCCUGCCUUAUCUCUACACUCAGCUAUACCACGCGCACGUUGACGGCUAUGCAGUCACCAGGGCACCAUUCUACGAUUUUAAUUUCGACAAGCUCAGUGUGUGGGAUGUGGACUGGGAGUUUAUGCUUGGUAACGCGUUGCUGGUGGUGCCUGUAUACGAAGAGGGUGCAAGGACCGUUACCAUGUACCAUCCAAACUGGCGUUUCUAUUAUUUCUACGACCCGCAAGAAUCGGGCAAAGUGCUGGGAUCUAUGUUGGAGACUGCUAGCGAGCUGUCCAACGUCACCGUCUCUGCACCACUGAGCGAGAUACCAAUAUUCAUCCGCGGGGAGCACAUUAUUGUCACACAGGAACCCGGCAAUUGCACGUACUACACCCGUAUGAACCCAUUGACGAUUUGGGUGGCAAUGCCGGAGAACAACGUGGACAUCUCAAGGGGCGAUUUAUUCUGGGACGAUGGUGAAACACAGAACACGUAUGAACGCAACCUUGAUAUCUACAUGGAGUUCUUCGCAGAUCUCCUCAAACUCGAGAUACUCUCCCAGCGAGUCGGCAUGGUUGCCGAGGUCCCUGAAUUGGUAGGCCUAUUGCCGAACAUCACCAAAGUCAAGUUCGUGGGGCAAGAAAAAGAUCCGGCAGGCCAGCUGUACGUCGACAACGUACAGCAUCCAACGUCUCUGUACAACUAUGACUCAGUCAAUAAGAUUCUGGAUAUCGAAGGUCUUUCUCUAGACAUUAUCUCGGAUCAUCGGAUCGAUCUUCAAUCACCGAACUAAGACGCAAGACGCCAAUUACAGGCAACAGCUAAGCACACAUUUGCUGAGAGUGAGCACAGACCAAAGAAAUGCCCACCAGAAAACGGGAUCACGUGUUAAACUGUCACGUGAUCUGUACUGCCAGUGGCUUAGUGUGGCUAUUUUUAGCUGAAGUGAAUAAUGGAAAGGCAAUAAUUUUUGCUUAGCCGCUACACGAAAAUAGGAUGACCGCGAUAUGAUUUAAUUUCAAACCUCCGAAUGAAUUGCAUGUACAGGCCAACUUUUAUUGUAACAACUUCGUUUCUGUUAUCGAUACUGCAAUCUUGAAUAGUGAAAAUAGUGACUUAUUUCUCUGUUUUGUAGAACUUGCUAAAAAAAAUAUAGUCGCUAUACUUAAGACAUACGCCAAUUGUGGUAGCUUUUGACUAGAUUUCCAAUCAAUCGUAGAUUUUCUAGUUAUAGUGCUUUUUGGGGUAAAGUUAUUUGGGUAGAUGUUCUUUGUAGCAAUACCCAUCGACUGACCAUUAAUUCCUGCUCAUGAUACAUGGUCUCGCUGACAUUAAGAGGUGAAGGCCUAGUCUAACAUUGGUAUAUAUUUUUUUUGACGGUAGUGUCCUGUUGUUCAGAAGGGGAAAAACUGUUUUAUGUAACCAUGCUGUGCUAUUUUACAAAGCUUUUACGUUUAUAACAAGUUUGUAUUUUUUUCUUUUCAUUGUUUUAUGGUUGAUAACGUCUUCCCUUCCUAGACUUACAAAAGGGUUGGGGGAAAUCAUGUAAAAUAUCGAGUUAGACCAACAACCUAUAUGGAGUAGGAAUAAAACAGAUUUUUGAGUUAGGUA